ACAGAGGCGUCAUCACUUCCGCAACAACCGACAGCAACAACAUGGAGGAAAGAAACGGGGUUAUAGGAGAGACCGGGGUUACCGGAGAGACAGGGGUCACCGGAGGAAGCGGUGCCGCCAGGCUCCAGGAGCGGCUCCAGAAGCGGCACCAGGCGAGGAUAGAAGACGCGGAGCGGAGGAGGGAGGCUAAGGAGAGCCGGUCUGUGGCCGAGGAGGAGGUCCAGUACUUCUCCAGAAGCUUCAGCAGGGAGCGGGCGGACAUAGAGGAGCUGCUGGCUUCCUGCUGCGGAGCUGAACGUUCUCUAGUGACCCAGAACCUGGAGGAGGCCACGGAUAGAACCACCCAGCUGCAGAAGUUCCUGAACGACAGUUUGAUGUUUUUAACUCAGUAUGAACUCAGACAAGCCCAGGCUGCUCUCCAGAAGCUCCAGACCUCCCUCACCGAGACCAGAGAAGGAGCUCUGCCCAAAAAGAAGUUCACCUUCAGAGCUCGCACUAAAGCAGCAGGUAAAGUCUCUGCUGCUGGAACACCUCCACCUGCUGCUGCCUCACCUGCAGAUCCAGGUGUGAUGGCGGUGGAUGGAGCCUCUGAGCAGUGUGGCUUCUCCAACGUUAGAGAUGAGCUUCUGAUUAAGACAGCGGAGGAGAUCCAGAAACAGGACGUGCUUCUGACCCACCUGUCUAACUGUCGGGUGCGUCUGAUUGGCUCUCCUAGCACGCUGCACCUGAAGAACAUCGACAGCUGUGAGAUCCUAUGUGGUCCGGUGUCCAGCUCCGUGUUCAUCGAUCAGUGCAGGAACAGCACGCUGGCCUUCCCCUGCCAGCAGCUGAGAACCCACAACACCUCCGACACCCAGGUGUACCUCCACGUCACCAGCCGGGCCAUCAUAGAGGACUGUUGGGGGCUGAGCUUCGCCCCGUUCUCCUGGUCCUACCCCACCCUGGAGGAGGACUUCGCCGUGUCUGGUUUAGACCGGCAGCGGAACAACUGGAGGGAGGUGGACGACUUCAACUGGCUCGCUGCAGGAACUCCUUCUCCCAACUGGACUGUUCUACCAGAGGCAGACAGAAAAACAAGCUGGGACUCCUAGAACUGAACCUUUAAAGCCCAUAUUUACCAGAUUCACACGUCAAAGCGUCACAUAAACUGAUUAAAGCACGUGUUCACAUA